AUGGCCUGCCAACCUAAGGGCGAUCCGUCACCGCUCCUGACACUUCCCCGCGAGCUCCGAGACGAGAUAUUUGCGCACAUGGCUUUACCGCAGCACGUAUACACGUCAAGCGUAACACCGGAUACUCGCUCUCUCCAUCGGUCUAACAAGAUCUGGCCAACCUACGUUGAUACCCGAAUAUACCUGCCAGUGCGACCGCCUACCAAUAUCCUUGCAACAUGCCGUCAGCUGCGGGAAGAAUGCCUGCAGCUUUAUGCGAGCCUUUUCAACUCACUGCUUCCCGCCACGAUCACAGAUAUGAGGCCUGCUGAGGAGACUGCAAGUAACAAGCUUGCGGCAAGGAUCAACGCGAGCUCUGAAGAGCUAGCUGAGCGAGCACACGACGACGACUCCGUCCGAAUCACUCUAGAGAUCCAACGAGCAAUUCGCGGGACAAUGGGAUACCAUGUUCCCAAACGAGAAGAUCUUUCACCGCGUUUUAUGGCGUUGUUACCACUACUACGCCGACUCAAGAAGCUUAAGCUUACGGUCUGGGCCGGUUACUCAUGGUGGGAAGGCCCUGUCGAGCGCCGCUUUAUCGGGAUAGAGGUGCGGCCAACGGCGAGAUUCAAACGAACAAGCCCGGACCAGGACGACAAGCUUCAAGAGCCCACGCAGUGGAAGGAAGAGGCUGCAUGCUAUUCGAAACCAGACAACGCUUUAUCCACGGCGAUUGAUGCAAUCUUAAAGAAUCUUCCGCUUAUCGAGGAGGUCAAUGUCGACAUUCUGAUGCAUGUCUCAGACUACUUCAACUGGGAUCUACCGGAUGUUAAAUGGGAGGGCGUUCAGAGUUGGCUUGACGGGCCCGUGUGCUCGAACACUGGAGACGGCUUGAAAAGGGUGUACCGAAGAUUUGUUGUUCUUGAUCCCGGCCCACCCACGAAGUCUGCCACGUUUCUCCGUCAACUGGAAUCGCGUCAGAAGGGAAAGGAUUAUUUUCGGGUAGACCGGGGCACUGGCGAGGCACCCGAAGAUUGGAGUGACGACGUCGAUAGGGAAGAACCGCCCUUUACGACAACAUACGAGCGACCCGUAUAA